CCUUUAAAAAGCGGUAUUCAACUCAAUCUCAUCCAGAAUUUUAUCGCCUCACAGGACAGACAGAGUUUGCACGUGCCGUGAAUAUGCAUUUGCAGAUGUAAAUUUUUAAACUUUGUUAAGAACUUAAAUCAUUCAGCGUUUGUGUGCACAGAAUUAAAGUAUCGUAAAAAUGGCACUCCUUAAUAAUUUCACCUCAGCAUGUGUGAAGAACCUUCAAGGCGACCGGCUACAAAACCAGCUUUUCUUCUUUUUACGCGCCUUACACAAGUCUGCAACCAGCGAGGCUUACGGCAUGUCCACAGCCAGAGAAGGAACCCUGCCCGAGUCACUGAUAACACCGGCAGAAGUUGUCGAGAAAACUUCAAUCAAGACCCUGAAGGACAUGCCUGGACCCAGCACGAUGUCCAACUUGAUCGAGUUCUUCUGGAGAGACGGGUUCAGCAGAAUACACGAAAUUCAGAUGGAGCACACAAAGAAGUAUGGCAAAAUUUUCAAGUCCCGUUUCGGACCCCAGCUGGUGGUCUCUGUGGCAGAUCGUGAUCUGGUAGCUGAGGUGCUGAGAGCCGAGGGUGUGGCGCCUCAGAGGGCUAACAUGGAGUCCUGGAAGGAGUACAGAGACAUGAGAGGCCGGGCCACAGGCCUCAUCUCAGCAGAGGGAGAUGAUUGGCUAAAGAUGCGAAGUGUGCUCCGACAGCUCAUCAUGCGUCCCCGUGACGUAGCAGUCUUCUCUGAUGAUGUGAACCAAGUGGUAGAUGACCUGAUCAAGAGAGUUUGUAUUCUGCGCACCCAGGAGAAUGACAGCUUAACUGUUGCCAAUGUGAAUGAUCUCUUCUUCAAAUAUGCCAUGGAAGGUGUUGCAGCCAUUUUGUAUGAAUGCCGAUUGGGCUGUUUGGAAGACCAGAUUCCUAAGGAUACUCAAGACUACAUUGGAGCACUUCACCUCAUGUUCAGCUCCUUCAAGACAACCAUGUAUGCCGGGGCGAUCCCCAAAUGGCUCCGUCCCAUCAUCCCCAAACCAUGGGAGGAGUUUUGUCACUCCUGGGAUGGCCUUUUCAAAUUCAGCCUUAUUCACGUUGAUAAGCGUCUCUCGGCGAUUAAGGCCCAGCUGGAGCGGGGAGAGGAAGUGAGGGGCGGACUGCUCACACAUAUGCUUGUUACUAAGGAGAUGACCCUUGAGGAGAUCUACGCCAAUGUUACAGAGAUGCUUCUGGCCGGCGUUGACACGACGUCCUUCACCCUUUCAUGGGCUUCCUAUCUGUUAGCGCGACACCCUCAAAUACAGGAGCAAAUCUUCACAGAAGUGACAAAGACUCUGGGACCUGGAGCAAUUGCCACAGCUGAUGAUGUCCCUCGUCUUCCUCUCAUCAGAGGGCUGGUUAAAGAGACUCUCAGGCUUUUUCCAGUUCUCCCAGGAAACGGACGGAUCACCCAGGAUGACUUGGUGGUGGGCGGAUACUUCAUUCCCAAAGGGACUCAGCUGGCCCUUUGUCACUUUUCCACAUCUAUGGAUGAGGAGAACUUCCCUGAUGCUACAGACUUCCGCCCAGAUCGCUGGAUAAGGAAAGACUCCACGGAUAGGGUCGACAACUUUGGUUCAAUUCCCUUCGGCUAUGGCAUCAGGAGCUGCAUCGGCAGGAGGAUAGCAGAGUUAGAGAUGCAUCUCGCUCUCACAAGGCUCAUUCAAAAGUUCCACAUCGGCAUGUCUCCUCUCACUACUGACAUCAAGGCAAAAACUCAUGGUCUGCUGUGCCCUUCAGCCCCCAUCAACCUGCAGUUCAUCGACAGGAAGAAUGAGAACUCUCCAUGAGGUCUACUGUAAUGACUGAUUUUAAAGAACUGAUUCAUCAGUAGGGUUAUUAAAUACACUGUUUUUAGAACAUCCACCACUGUACAAUUGUAGAUAUUGAGCUGAGGCUAAUUUUUAAAGACACAGCAGGGUUUUUCACACCUCUUAUACUAAAGUGAGAGAGGCAUUUUAUAGUCCUGGAUAAAAAGCUUUUCUUUAUGUUUAUUAUUUUUACUUAGUGAAACCACUGCAGUUUAAACUAUUACACUGUUCAUUCACUGUGUUCAAACUUUAAUCCUUAUACACAAACUGUAUCCUUUUCAUAGCACUGUGCAUGCAUGUAUUUAGGCUAAUAAUGUGCACACGUGUUAAUACAUGAUCGCAAAGUUUCCUCCUCUAAGUUCAGUAAGGGUUCACUCUGCAGAUGUCAAAUGGCAACAAUGAAUGUACUGAAAAGGUGCUGUUUUAAGAGGUACAGUAUGUAUAUAAUGAGCUUUAUUUUUGAUAGCACUGCAAACCAAAAUAUUAUAACAGCUUCUUUUCUAGCAGCGCAACGGUUUUAUUCAGACACAGAAAGAAUGAAACAUUUUUUGUUUUACUAUUUUUUAAACGUAUUUUUAAAAUUAAUAAAAGAAAAAAGUUCUAAGACUGCAAAAGACAACAGAAUUGCCCCUUCUUUCAUUAAUUAUACUAAUGAGAAGGCUAUAAAAAUGAAAUUGAUCAAAAGUAGUAAUAGUCAAAUUAUAGACUGACUAAACCUUUAACCAGGAUAUAUUAGAUAAAUGAAAUGUGCAGAGUAUUUUUUGAGUGAGUGCUGUUGGCGUGAAUGCAAGUGUUUUACCAGUUACAUUGUUGGAGGGAUAAUGCAUGUUCCAAAACAUUUCUAAAGGGUCAGAGACUGGUUGUCAGACUGUGUCAUAGAGAAGGAUCCUGCUGGUUUGCUGGGAAGUGGAAACAUUUCAUGUCUUUGUAUUUAUCAGCUCUUGUUUUUUUCUGUACCUUUUUUGCUCUAGUUCAAGUGAAACUGGAAAAUAAAUAAAAGGAUUUAAUAAUAACUUUAAAAA